CUGCACCGACCGGCCAUGGAGAGCGACGGCGCGCCGAGCGGCCGAGCAGUGGGCAACACGCCCGCCGGCAACGGCCGGGAGAAAGCGCCCCGCGGCGGCGAGGGGGCCGAGCGCGCCCAUGCCGCCGCCGUGCCCAUGCUGCCGGCUAUGGAGGUGGCGGAGGAGCCGGAGAAGACCGCGCCGCGGGGCAAAGUCAAGGAUCCCAGCUACAAAAUCCUCUCGCUGGUAUUAUGUGUCAUUGUGCUAACAAUAAUCUUAGGAUGUAUAUUCGGACUGAAGCCUAGCUGUACAAGAGAUGUGAAAACAUGCAAAGGUCGUUGCUAUGAGAGAACAUUUGGAAGCUGCCGCUGUGACCGUGACUGUCUUCAGCUUGGAAACUGCUGUUUAGAUUUCCAAGAAGCCUGUAUAGCACCUGCCAACAUAUGGACCUGCACCAAGUUUCGGUGUGGUGAAAAGAAUCGGCCUGAAUACCACUGCUCCUGUUCAGAUGAUUGCGUGGAAAAGAAUAAUUGCUGUGCCAAUUAUUACUCAGUUUGCCAAGGGAAAACAAGCUGGCUGGAAGAGAAAUGUGAAGACAUAAAUCAACCCCAGUGUCCAGAAGGAUUUACACAACCUCCAGUGCUGUUGUUUUCUUUGGAUGGAUUCAGAGCUGAGUAUUUGCACACAUGGGGUGGACUUCUUCCUGUUAUUAGCAAAUUACGAAAAUGUGGGACAUACACGCGAGGUCUGAGACCAGUGUAUCCAUCGAAAACGUUUCCCAAUCAUUAUAGCAUUGUCACAGGCCUCUACGCAGAAUCCCAUGGCCUAGUAGAUAACAAAAUGUAUGAACCGAAGACAAAUGCUUUCUUCACUCUCAGAAAUAAAGAGAAGUUUAACCCACAGUGGUACCAAGGACAGCCAAUUUGGCUGACAGCUAUGUAUCAAGGACUAAAAUCUGCUACAUUCUUCUGGCCUGGUUCAGAUGUCAAAGUUAAUGGAAGUUUUCCAAACAUCUACAAAUUAUACAAUGGAUCAGUAUCAUUUGAAGAAAGAAUAGCAACAUUUUUAAGUUGGCUAGAGUUACCAGAAGAGGAACGACCACACUUUUACACUCUGUAUUUAGAAGAACCAGAUUUCUCGGGUCACAGAUAUGGACCAGUCAGCAGUGAAGUCAUUCUUGCAUUACAAAGAGUGGACAAGGUGGUUGAAAUGCUGAUGGAUGGACUGAAGCAAAUGAACUUGCAUAAUUGCAUUAACAUUAUUCUGCUUUCUGAUCAUGGGAUGGAAACCGCUCACUGCAACAAAGCAGCAUACCUGAAUGAAUACUUGGACAGUGUUGAAGAUUUGUUUGUAGUACCUGGUCCUGCGGCUCGCUUGAGACCCCAAAAAGUGCCAGAUGAGUAUUUCUCUUUUGAUUACGAAGGCAUUGUCAGAAACCUUACAUGCUUGGAACCAGAUCAGCAUUUCAAGCCAUACAUGAAACACCACUUUCCCAAGCGAUUUCAUUAUGCCAAGAAUGACCGGAUUGAACGUGUGCUUUUUUAUAUGGACCAGCAAUGGCAACUUGCUCGGAUGCCUUCUGAGCUCAAGUAUUGCACUGGUGGAUUCCAUGGCUCAGACAAUGUAUUUGCAAAUAUGCAGACUCUGUUUAUUGGCUUUGGACCUGGAUUCAAGUUUCAAACUGAAGUUGAUCCCUUUGAAAACAUUGAAAUCUACAAUUUAAUGUGUGAUCUGCUUGAGAUAACACCAGCCCCUAACAAUGGAACUCAUGGAAGCCUCAACCACCUUUUAAAGACAGUCAGGUAUACCCCAAAGCAUCCCAAGGAAGAAAGCAUUCCUGCCACUUGCCCUGUUUCGAGGCAGAGAACCUCUGAAGGUGAUCGGAGCUGCUUGUGUAGUUCAUCAAGCUCUUCACAGAUUCAACCACAGAUAAAUUUGACUACUGCAGAAAUAAAGAAGAUAGAAAAGCACAGUUUGCCAUUUGGAAGGCCCAGAGUCCUCCAGAAGAAGCAGAACUAUUGCCUUCUUCACAACCACCAUUACGUAAAUGGAUUUAGCUGGAACAUCCAGAUGCCUUUGUGGAGUGCAUAUACAAUUAAUAAGCAUGGCAACUGGAACACCUCUGCAGAAGCCUCACCAAGCUGUUUCCAUGUUGACAACCGUAUUCCUUUGAAUAGAAGCCAGAGCUGUUUGUUUUACAAAAGCCAUCCCCAGCUGCACUAUGGAUUUCUCUUCCCACCAAAUCUGAUAAAGGAUGAAAGAAAUAGUAAAUAUGAAGGACUCUUUUCAAGCAAUAUUGUGCCAAUGUAUCCUGCUUUCCAAGUGAUAUGGAACUAUUUCAGUAGAGUCUUCCUGCCCAAUUACGCUUCAACCAGAAAUGGUGUAAAUGUGAUUACAGGUCCUGUCUUUGAUUAUGACUAUAAUGGCCUGUAUGAUACAUCUGCAGAAGUUAAAAGACUCUCAAAUAAUUCAGAAGUCCUGCUUCCCACUCACUUUUUCAUUAUUUUGACAAGUUGUAAAAAUGUUUCCCAGACUCCUUUGCACUGUGAUGGAUCCCUUGAUGUUGUAUCAUUUCUUAUACCUCACAGAGAAGACAACAGUGAAAGCUGUGCGGAUGGCCAGACUGAGUCCCUCUGGGUUGAGGAGAGAAUGAAGUUUCAUACCGCUCGAGUCAGGGAUAUAGAACUUCUUACUGGCCUUAGCUUUUACCACGACCGAAAACAGCCUGUUGCUAAUAUUUUACAGCUGAAAACCUAUUUGCCAAGUUUCAGCAAGGCCUGAUUUUAAUUUUUGUACUUUUUUGGGUUUCUGUACAGAAGGAAAGAGACUGCAUUACAGGAAGCAAAUUAGUAUUUUAUGCAGAUGUCUGAACAAAAUAGGAUCUGGAAAGCAUCUGUGCAACCUUUGUAUCUCAGGGACAUUUUAUGGACCAAGGUUAACAGAGGACAGCAGCCUCUUUCGGCUUCAUUAGCCACACAAGUGGCAAAAGUUUUAUAGAUUAACACCAACCUGCCAGUAUUCUAUGAACAGAGGAGACACACGUGAGAAAAACAGAAUUCCUUUCUGCAAAAUUAAAGUAUAUCCUGAGUUAUUUUAUUUUGUUUGGUUUUUUUACAAAGUGGAUGAAUUAACUGGUUUAUAUAUUACAAAAAUAAAAAAAUACAAAUACUA